GCAAUCCGAGAGCAAGAAUAUUAGACCACUAAAAUAGCAGCCCACAAUAACUUUAAAAAUAACAGCCCAAGUUAACCCUAUCGAGACCAGCCCAUAUGGAUCCUUGACAGCAGAGCUCACAAUCGUUCUUCGUGUACCCCCAGAGUCAAAGCCCUAACAAAAGUCAAAAACCCUUUCCAGCUUCUGUGUCAAAUCUGAAACACAAGCAUUUUGCUGUCUGAAAUGGCCGCCAAUAAACCUAGCAGAAGCUUGCUUUCUCUGCUUCAAAAACGUUUUCUAUUAACAUUUUCUGCAGCACUUUCUCCUCCUACAGCUCAAUUGCCCACCAGUAGCUCUUCUUCUUCAUCGUCGUCCUUUACAGUUCAUUUCCUUGUGAAUUCUUGCGGGCUCACUUCAAAAUCUGCUCUUUCAGUUUCCAAGAAGUUCCAAAUCCGUGAAAAAAACCUCCAAAACCCUCAAUCCGUACUCCAGUUCUUGAAAGCUCAUGACUUUAGCGAAACCCAUAUUUCCAAAUUGAUUGAAAAGCGACCCAAGAUUCUCCUGCGCAGAAUAGAAGACAAUCUGAAAGCCAAGUUUGACUUCUUUAUCGAAAAUGGUUUUGCGGGUCAGCUUCUGCCCCAACUUAUUUUAUCAAAUCCGGUGAUUUUGGAAAGGGCCUUAGAUUCCCAUAUUAAACCAUCUCUUCUGUACUUUAAGUCUAUUCUCGGUACCAGCGAGAAAGUUAUUGCAGCUUCCAAACGUUCUGUGUUUUUGUUGACUUGUGAUUGGAACAGUAUCGUGCAACCAAAUGUUGAUUUCUUGAUUAAAGAGGGAGUGCCUGUUGAUAGGAUUGCAAAGUUGUUUCUGUUUCACCCACAGGUUGUGCAACGGAAGCAUGAUAGGAUGGUUUAUGCAGUGAAUACUGUCAAGGAUUUGGGACUUGAACCGGAGGUUUCUAUUUUUAUAUAUGCUCUGACUACCAUGAUGCAAUCGAGCGAGUCCACUUUGAAGAAGAAAGUUGAAGUGUUGAAGAGUUUGGGGUGGACGGAGGAGGAGAUUUUCCGGGCUUUUAAGCAAGACCCUGCUAUUUUGCGAUUUUCAGAGGAAAAGAUCAGGGGUGUGAUGGAUUUCUUGGUGAAUACUGUGGGAUUGAGGCCACAAACUAUUAUUGCAAACCCUUUGUUUCUUCAUUACUCAAUUAACAAAAGGCUUCGACCAAGGUAUAAUGUUUUGAAGGCUUUGGAGUCAAAGAAGCUCUUUGAUGAGGGCAUAAGCAUUGGGUCGGUGCUAAAAAUGAGCGAGAAGAAUUUCAUGAAGAAUUAUGUUUCCAAGUAUGUACAUAGUGUCCCCGGUAUAUUGGACACAUAUAAGGGUAUCAGCAAGCCUAUAAAGAUGGAUACUUGAUGGAAAAAGAUGCACGUUUACCUUGCACUGCAAAUUUAAGACUACAAAUAUAAGCUUGCCUUUCCAGUUGAAAUAAACAAGCCCUUCUCCAAAUCCACACUUCUUCUGAAGAAAGAUUUUGUGAGCUGUAAACUAUGUAUUGGUUGGAUAGCUGUGCUUGGCUGGCCAGGAGAGAAUGUUGAAGAAGAGGAAUUUUAAUGAAGAGUUUAGAGGGGGAUAAAGCUGUGCUUGGCUGGCCAGGAGAGAAUGUUGAAGAAGAGCAAUUUUAAUGAAGAGUUUGAAGGGGGAUAAAGUUGUGUAGCUUGCUCAGUGGUGACAGGACUUGAUGAAAUGAUGAGCAUCUCAUGGUUCAGGUUUCUUUUAUUCAUUGAAAGUGUUGCGGAUAAGAAAGAAACAUCUCGUGGUUCAGGUUUCUUUUAUUCAUUGAAAUUGUUGCGGAUAAGAAAGAAAAGGCAGAGGGGGUAAAAAUAAUUGGAGGGGAUACUUUAAUUUAGGGUUUGGACCUCUGGGUCUGGCUUUGUAGGUUGGGUUCACUAACAGCACUUGGUUCUGAGGGGAAGAAAUUAUAUAGCCUCAGCCCUAUCCAUUCUAUAUUUUACUGAACAGGCAGGCCUAUGGCAAAGAUGCAUGUUUCAUAUCAAUUAGUUGUGGUGGGUCGAGUACAUCAAUUUUCUUCAGGAA